AUGGCGAGCGACGAACGGUCACACUCGAAAUGGUACCUCCACCACCUCGACACCCAUAUCCAAGCAUCCCUCAAAGCCACUCUCGGCAACUAUCCCAAUCCCUCUCUCCAAGUCCCCCCAUCGGACAUUCCACCUUCUAAUGCCGUCUGGACAUCACCCGAAAAGAAUGCCUUUUUUGCCGCUCUCUCGAGGUACUCCAGGUAUCGCCCCGACCUGAUAGCGAGCGAGGUGGGCAAGAGCGAGAUAGAGGUCGUAUGGUACCUCGAAUUCCUCGAGAAGGAGAAGGUGAAUAUGGUCAACAAGGAGAAGCGAGAGUCAAGAAUGAAGGAACUGAAGGGGUCAUCCAAGUGGAGAGAAGGGCUGGCGCCUGCUGCGAGAGAAGUCUCGGACAAGUGGGUUGAAAAGGAGGAGGAGCUUGCGAGCGGCUUGCACGAGAUGCUCGAAGAGAUGGCACAGGAGCAUGAGCUCGGACUUUCCAGAAAGCGCAAGAGGGAAGCCAAGCGUUCUAUCAUCCAAGCAGCCGUUAUCCCUCCCGAUACCAAAUCUGGUGACAAGACCAAGUUCAUCGACGACCUCCCCGAGAUGCAAAAGCUCAAUCAGCAGUGGGACGCCGAAGAUUGGCUUGCAGUGAUGGACCCGGAGAAGCUAUUCGAGUUAGAUGACUGCAUACAGCAAGUAUGGCUGGCAGAAUCUCAGGAGGAACUCGUCCGAAAUGCGGAGCCAGAUGGCGCCGAGGAUGUUCCUUCGCCUUCCGCCCCUUCUACUGUCAGCAAAACGGCCAUCAAAGUCGCAAGCGACCUCCGGACAAUGUCUCUCAUCUCUUCCAUCCCCCCAAAAAAGAGGACACCCGAACAACAGCGCCUCUUUACAGCCGCCAGAAACAGGCAACGUGGUCGCGAACAAUACAGGACCAAGAAGCUCUUGGUAGAGGGUAUGACGGAGGAAGACAUCCGCAAAGCUGGAGGGGCAGAUGCUGUAUUUGCACAAAAGGAGGGACAGGAAUUGCCUAUGGAUGUGGGUCGUGGCGCGAGGCAAAGACCGGAAAUCAGAGGGGUCCAUGAUCAUGUCAAUGAGGCCGGCUUGGAGAUAUUUGCUUUUACAAACAUGGCUCGCUUUCUCAAUUCACAUGAAGUACCAUCAGAUACAUCCAACGUAUCCCUCCCCGUCCUGCAAGAUCUCCGCGAAGAGCUCGUCGUCCACCUCAAGUUGCUCUUAUACGACGUGAUCACCGUCGCUGAGAAGGAGCGAUUACAAGAUCAAUCUCUAGAUGACGUCCGCAACGAAAUCGCCUCCAAUCAUGUCCAACAAGCUCUCGCUCUCCGCGGAGAUCUGCCGCCUUCGUUCAUCGUUGACCCUGCUCUUUCGAAGAUCCAGCCCGUCAAGACGGGUCCCACGACGAGUACUGUAAUAAUCAGCACAGACUCGGCGCCAGAUACAGACGUAGACAUGUCGGGAAACGAUACCGAGGGCACUAUCAGCGAGGCUUCAGAAGAAUUCUUGGAAGGCUACCCCGAAAACGUCGUACCCCCCACUGGUCUGUCCUGGUCCCUUCUGCCCCAUCUCCGCCUCAUCAGUGAGACACGAUCGAACGGUCAUGAAAGCAGCGCUGCUACAGACUCGGACGAUGAUGAGGAUGAGAGUCUUUACGAGGAAGAUGCCAUGUUGGAUCAAGCUCUAGAGGAGGUGGACUUGGAUCACGACAAGCUAUAUGAGAAGGAUCUUUGGGGCGUCAACCAAGAGGAAGAAGACAAGGACGACGAGCUGGAUGACCAUGCGGAUGUCUGGGCUAAGGACCCCAUCGAGAGAUCUACACAUGAACAAGGCAAGUCUCGCCGUCAAAGCUCGAUCUUGAACUGA